UAGGCUAGAUGACAUUUUAUCCCGUCCAUUCUUUAUUGACAUUUUUUCAGUCGAUUAUGGCCACUUUUUGACAUUUUUUGGUCAUAAAACGACAAUUGAAUGUCUUUUACCCACCUAUUUUUUCGGCAAUUUUCUGGGUUAAUUUUGACAUUGGAGUGCCGUAGUUUAAAAAAUCUAGGCUAGAUGGCAUUUUAUCCCAUUCAGGCUUGACAAAUUUCGGUUCAUUGGGGACACUGACUUUGUUUUUUUUUGACAUUUUCCUGUCAUAAAUCGACAAUCGAAUGUCAGAUUUUGAUUUUUGGAAAUUUAAAAUUCGGCAGACCCGUGGCCAUGAAAAGGGUGCUCUUGAGGGGGGACAAGGGAGGGGGGUUUUGAGAAUUUUAGGAGUUUUAGUCGAAAAAGUUUUUACUUUUUUUGCUAGCACUACUGCCGUUUAA